CGGAAGGUGGCGCUUCAGGCAACGGGACAACGCGGCGUUUCUCUUCAAAGCGGAGCCGGGAGUUGAUUCCGUGGUCGCCACGAUGAGUCGCAGCUACAAUGAUGAGCUGCAGUUCUUGGAAAAGAUCAAUAAAAACUGCUGGAGAAUCAAGAAAGGCUUCGUACCCAACAUGCAGGUUGAAGGAGUUUUCUAUGUGAACGAUGCUCUGGAAAAAUUAAUGUUUGAGGAAUUAAGGAAUGCCUGUCGAGGUGGGGGUGUUGGUGGCUUCCUGCCUGCCAUGAAACAAAUCGGCAAUGUGGCCGCCCUGCCUGGGAUUGUUCAUCGAUCUAUCGGACUUCCCGAUGUGCAUUCGGGUUAUGGGUUUGCAAUUGGGAACAUGGCAGCCUUUGAUAUGAGUGACCCGGAAGCAGUGGUGUCCCCAGGUGGCGUCGGAUUUGACAUCAACUGCGGUGUUCGCUUGCUAAGAACCAAUUUAGAUGAAAGCGAUGUCCAGCCUGUGAAGGAGCAACUUGCCCAAGCCAUGUUUGACCACAUUCCUGUCGGGGUGGGAUCAAAAGGUGUCAUCCCCAUGAAUGCCAAAGACUUGGAAGAGGCCUUGGAGAUGGGUGUGGACUGGUCGCUGAGAGAAGGCUAUGCCUGGGCUGAAGACAAGGAGCACUGUGAGGAGUACGGAAGAAUGCUGCAGGCUGACCCCAACAAGGUCUCCGCGAGGGCCAAAAAAAGGGGCCUUCCUCAGUUGGGGACCCUGGGAGCAGGUAACCACUAUGCAGAAAUCCAGGUUGUGGAUGAGAUUUUCAAUGAGUAUGCUGCUAAGAAGAUGGGUAUCGACCAUAAAGGACAGGUGUGCGUGAUGAUCCACAGUGGAAGCCGAGGCUUGGGCCACCAAGUAGCCACAGAUGCCCUGGUUGCUAUGGAAAAAGCCAUGAAGAGAGACAAGAUCAUAGUCAAUGACCGUCAGCUGGCUUGUGCUCGAAUCUCAUCCGCAGAGGGCCAGGACUACCUGAAGGGAAUGGCGGCAGCAGGGAACUAUGCCUGGGUCAACCGCUCUUCCAUGACCUUCCUGACCCGUCAGGCUUUUGCCAAGGUCUUCAACACAACCCCUGAUGACUUGGACCUACACGUCAUCUACGAUGUUUCUCACAACAUCGCCAAAGUGGAACAGCAUGUGGUGGACGGGAAGGAACGGACCCUGUUAGUACACAGAAAGGGGUCCACCCGAGCUUUCCCUCCACACCACCCCCUCAUUGCUGUUGAUUACCAGCUCACUGGACAACCAGUACUCAUUGGUGGCACCAUGGGAACCUGUAGUUACGUUCUUACUGGCACCGAACAGGGCAUGACUGAGACCUUUGGAACGACCUGUCAUGGAGCGGGCCGUGCAUUGUCCCGAGCCAAAUCUCGACGUAAUUUGGAUUUCCAGGAUGUCUUAGACAAGUUGGCAGAUAUGGGAAUUGCAAUUCGUGUUGCCUCACCCAAACUGGUUAUGGAAGAGGCUCCUGAGUCCUAUAAGAAUGUGACAGAUGUGGUGAACACCUGCCAUGAUGCUGGGAUCAGCAAGAAGGCCAUUAAACUGAGACCGAUUGCUGUUAUCAAGGGGUAGAACCCUGGCUGUGGCCACCUGACUCCAGAGACCCUUACUGCAGUGGAAGUGGACUGAAACGCUCUUCAGACAUCGAACUCAGAGGCCUGACGGGUUCCCAAGUGCGCGGCUGUCACUGCCCGAUGCCUGAUGGCUGACGGGGAGGCUGCUGCGUCAGGAGCCAGCGCUGUAAAAUUACCUUCCGGGAGGAGUCACGUAGCCCCCGCUGGGAAAGGGGUGUACGUGCUUCCUCCUGGGUUAUCCCAAGAUUUUUAGAGAAAUCUAUUAGCAGGUGGGGAUGGUUCAAGAAACUGCCUUAACCUGGUCUCACAAGUCUUUAGUCAUCAGAAUGAACUUCUUUCCACCAAGCUCUCUACAUCCUGAGGGGUGUCAUGAAGAGCAUUCUAUUAAAUGAGGCUUUAGAAUGUCUCCUUUCUGCCCUUCUUUUGUUACUUUGUCCAUUCAUCCACCCUACAUCCCCUUCCCCUGCACUGAGCAAAACACGAAAUACCAUUCUUACUUGGAAAGUACCUGUAGGGUCGUGUCAGGAUAUUAGAUGAUUGGAUAAUGGGACACAUUGAGGAGAGACUGUGUGUGGCAGUGUAGGAAUGGGGACCCAAAAGGAAAAAUAAUUUUCCAAGACUUGCUACCUUUCUCAUUCCAAAUAUAAGGCAGAGUUUUGACUUAACCUGCUAAAUGAUAUGAGCUGGUAUCUGUCAUUAAUUAGAGCUGGACUGGCAGGCUUUUCUUGAAUAAUAACUUGCACAACAGCAGCAGAGAACCCUCACAUAAUGCUGAUUAUCUUUACAUGGGUGAUCGGAUUAUCAUAGAAACAGGAAAUGACCGUAUCUGUGACGUUAAGCAUUGCUCUAUGUUGACAGGUUGACUAGUCCUGUGCCACCUAAUUAGAUUUCAUGUCAAUGUACUGUGACACCUCGAAGAUGUUAAAGUCAUAGGUUACUAAGGACUCUGUUGAGUCCAAAUAGCCGAAUAGAAAAAUGUAAUAAAGUUGCAAUAUGUUGUUUACAUUUUGUGCUUAAUAUUUUAUAGCUUAGGACAAUUAGUAUUUGUACUUGAGUCACUUUGGACACUGUUGCUAUUUUCUGAUUUUCUCCCAGGGUGCUUUCUGAGAUUCACCCUAAAAAAUACUUACAAUUUAUCCCUCAACUUAAAAUAAGAUCCUCCUUUGGAAUAUCUUCUAGGUGCUAUUUGGAAGGCUAGAGAAAAGCAGACUUCCUCUGAAAAACGUAUGAUACAAAGUAAUAUAGCAUGUCUGUACUCUGAGCACUCUAACAUACUUUUGGUGGUAGGCCUUGAAGUUAUCAAUGAAUAAAAAUCCAUUAGGGCCCUGGCCAGGUAGCUGAGUUGGUCAGAACGUCAUCCUGACAUGGCAUGGUGGUUUGUUCGGUCCCUGGUCAGGGCCCACAUAACCAAUGAGUGCAUAAAUAAGUGGGACAACAAAUUGAUGUUUCUUUCUCUCCUACUCCCUCUCCCUUUUUCUCUCUAAAAGCAAUAAAUAGAUAAUUUAAAUAAAUUAGGAAUCUUAAUAAUUACAGGCUACUUACGCCUUUAGAUUGGACCAGUGACUGUUGUACACAGAUGACUUAGAGAUACAAGUUACCAGUGAAUGCUGGAGGGCAUAUAAGGCUGAGAAACAGGCUUCUGGCAGGUGCUAGAUUCUGUCUGUGGAGAGUGGGCCACACCCCAAUGUUGCCUCACCUUUAACUGGGCUUGCCUAAUGACACGUCAUUAGAGAUUAAUUCAAAGCAAGGUUUCCUCUUCUAACGAAGUGACGUCAGUGCAAGGAGUGCUGCAGAUCAACUUGGGUAGAUGGGUUGAGUUUUAUUAUAUGCUUUAAAAGUUACCCUUCAGGGACGUGAGGGGAGCAGAUGAAGUGGAGAAGUGAAGAGAGAGAGUCAUUUAUGCAAUGGUGUUUCUGCUUCGUAGGCUUUCCCUUUCAAAAUAGGCAGCAUUUCCAGUGAAGUUGGCCCUGUUAAUGACCACAGGAAGUAAUGGUUAAUAGUUCAAGUUCAAAAAGAAAGCUACAUUGUUUUUCUUGCUCUAAACAUGUUACUUUCCCAUUUGAGGCAAAAAGACACUUUUAAAACAAAUGUUCAGAUGAAGCUGAAGUCCCCAGCUGUUUUUAUUGCCUGCAGUAAAAAUGCCCCAUGCCUGUGCAUGUGCGCAUAGCUAGGAACGCCCUUUGAUAAGGCCCUGUCUCCUUCAGGCACAAAGAUGAGUCCUAGUAUUGUGCGCCUCUUGGUCUCUCUAUAGGCCUCUAAAGUCAGUUUGUCAUUAAUAUCCUCAAAAGCACCGACAUUUGUGCCCUGAUGAUAGGCAUGCCUGUUGUCAGCAUACGGUUAGGGAGACCAAGACACAAAAUAAGAACACUGAUUUUCUAAUUGUGUAAACAUUUUCUGGAGCAAGAAGGACGUGAAGGUUUAAAUAAAUAAAAUCUUGCAGAUUUUAAGACUCCUACUUUGAUCUUUGUAUAUGACCUUUGAAAACUUCCGCACAGGAUGACUAAACAUGUUUUUUAGCUUUUCUUAUUUUCUCUGCCUAACACUUCAUUCUUUCUAUAUGUUCAUUAAUUGGGUUUUUUCCUGUUUCCAAAAAUGGCUCGUCAGUACCAUCGAUAUUGCAGAAACGUUUACAACUCACACAGCCCAUUUUGUCCUUAUUUCUUACGAAUGUCCUUAUUUUUGCACCUGCUACAAUGCUUAAAUAUAGAGGAUUUUCAUGUUGUCCAAAGAGCAUGAUUUGUGCCCAUCCUGAUCUGUUGAGUAUGCCAAGUCGAGCUAGAUUCUGAUUUUAAAAGCUCUUGUUCCCUGACCAGGUGGCUCAGUUGGUUACAGCGUCAUCCCCAUAUGCCAAGGUUGCAUGGGUUUGAUCCCGGGUUGGGCACAUACAAGAAUCAACCAAUGAACGCGUAAAUAAGUGGAACAACAAAUAUCUCUUCCCCCGCUUUCUCCGCACCCGCCUUCCCUCUCUCCUCCCGCUUCCUCCCUUGCUCUCUCCCUCCCUCUCUCUCAAAUCAAUCAAUAAACAUUUUUUAGCCCUGGCUGUUGUGGCUCAGUGGCUUGAGUGCCAGCCUGCACACAGAAGGGUCGCUGGUUUGAUUCCCAGUCAAGACACAUGCCUCGGUUGCGGGCCAGGUCCCCAGAAGGGGGCAUGGGAGAGGGAACCACAUGUUGGUGUUUCUCCCUCUCUUUUGCCCUCCC